AUGGAAGGGUACAAGUUACAACUUCCUUUUCACCUCCUCCAUCACACAUAUGUUAAAUUGUUGUUUACUUGUCCAGAUUGGUUUGAGAACUUUAAGAGAGAGAAUAGAAUACGAGAACAAAAGCGUAACAUGGCGACGUACUUCCAUGGAAACACUUCGGAGAUUCAAUCUUCUGCAGAUGGCUUGCAAACGCUUUACCUUAUGAAUCCAUCUUACGUACCUUAUGCUGACGCGCCGCACCACCCAACGCUUCUCGUCAAUCCCAACGCUUCCAACGCGCUCAACCUCGCGAGUCUCUCCCACGCGCCGCCAGUGUCACCGUCCCCCAACCACCACCAGCACGUGAUUCACGGCUUCACAAACAUCCUCGGAUCCGGGAAUUCAGACGAACACACUCACGCCAGACAGUCUUUGUUCGGGGAAAAUAUCGCCUCCUUCCACGGCUUCUCCGGCGGCCCGUCCUCCGUCGCCCCUCGCGUUCACUAUAACCUCUGGGGUUCUGGGGUUGAUCAACCGGGAACGCCUUCUAGCAGCUCAGGCGGUGCCGGUUUCCGACGGCCGAGUCAACAGGGGUUGUCUCUCAGCCUUUCGUCUCAGCAAACAAAUUUCAGGUCAGUCUCCAAUGAGCUUGAAGUUGCCGGACAGGGCCACGUCACUGGAACUGGGAACUCGCCGACGUCAGCGGCGUCGACAGGAGUUUCCGGUGUGAUUUUGGGGUCGAAGUAUCUGAAAGCCGCGCAGGAGCUUCUAGAUGAAGUUGUUAACGUAGGAAAAGGAAUCUACAAAGAGGAAAAAUUCUCAGAGAAGGUGAAAGCGAAUAGGGAAUCGACUAAUUCUGGUGCUGGUGACGGUUCAAGUGGUGGAGGAGAAAACAGUGCAGGGAAACAAGUGGUUGAACUCAGCACCACUCAGAGACAAGAACUUCAGAUGAAGAAGUCCAAGCUUGUCAGCAUGCUCGAUGAGGUAAUGAUUUUGUUACUAUUAUCUUUUGGAGAGGAGGCAAUAAUCAAGAAUGUGACAGUGGCAGAGCGUCAGUGA